CUGUCCUUUUCAUCCUGGAACGUUUUCCACGGCUUCCCUGCUAGGUCGCCUUUUGCGCACUCAAUCAAAAUCAACGAAUGUGCUGGCUUCAACAAGCCGUUGACCCUGUUCAUCUCAAAUCCUGUAGAUUUUUUGAAGUUCCAAGGCCAUCUCGUACGAGAACUACCUUGUCUUUCCGAAAUUUGCACGACUGGGUCCCCUCAACAGUUGAUUUCGUUCCUCUUCUCACUAAGCAGACCACUGGCCAACUACAGUCAAUUCAACCCUGCCUGCAAUCCCACUGUUCUUUCAAGCCACCAACGCGAAGAUGCGAUGUGAUAUUGAAAACCGUGAAGUGGGACGCCAUCGCUCUGGGGAGGGGGGGGGCCUUUUUCAGACCAGAAAGUGACGUCACCUCACAAUGUGGUCUAGAUCUACGUCCCAGGACUGCUAAAUCUGGUUAAGGAGACGCUGUGGAUACAUGAUUGGCUUACAACUGUCAACAAACCCGCCUAGGUGGAAUUGGCCCGUCGAUCAGUCUGCUCGAAAGUUCCAGACUAGAGGAGCGGCUGGUACUUAAUGUGCAAGACUUGUGCACGUCUUUGAUCGCAGCGCAUUCUCCAAAGAUCAUGGACGAGACCACCCGAGGCUUUCUAGCCCAGGCUAUCCGGGACGCACUCACGUCUUCUGGAAUCGACUACAACGAAGGGUACAUUGAUUCUUUGAUUUCUAAAGUCGAUAAUGACGUCCUGCAGGCUCAUCUGGCGAGCCAGGAUGGCAACACAGAAGAGUCUCCGUUACGAACAACCGACUCAGCUUUACAAACGCCUCCGGCUUCACCACACAGAGGACGUGGCUCCUAUCGGAUUCUGAAUGCACUAAAAAGGAACUAUGGAAAUCUUGCAGGCGCAGAACCGAGGAAGAGAAGAAAGCGGCCUGUUUCGAAGAGGUCCGAAAAAUGUGGUGACAAAUCUCCUUCUGACAGAAUUGCUGAUGAACCUAUCGAGGUGGAAUGUCAAAAUAUAACUCAACAGCCUAAUAACGACCAUGUGAAAGGUGCCCACCUUUUGGAUCUCCCCGUCGACAGUUCCUCGUCCUAUCAAGCAGACUCCGCGUACACGUUGAAAGCAAUGUCAUCUAUAUUGUUUGAAUGCGCGAGGGUGAAUUUCGCUAUUGCUCUAUACGGGCACCGAACGAGCCGUAUCCCGACAACAACUAAGCCUGAGAACAUCCGGAAAUAUGUUGAUGAGAUUUCAGAAUUCGAUUAUGAAACGGCAGUUGACGUCAUUCGCAGGGACAAUGCUUUGGCCACGGGCAAGGGUCUGCAAAAUCGAUACAAUGAAACCAUUUUCUGGAAGAUCAUUCUUAAGGGUGCUGCGUUGAUCGAUCAUUCAAAGCUGCCAGCCGCGAAGGGACCCGCAGACGGAUUCACUAUGGCGGAAAAAGCUGCAACCAAGAAGUUCAUGGAAGAUGCUGGAUACGGGCUGGGUGCGGAAAACCAAAGGCAAUGCCGUAUUUUCUGGAAAAACCUCUUCCAAAUGCGUGAAGCUGGUAUUGACAAAGUUCUCUAUUACCGCACCAAAGAAUUUGAUAGCUAUUGCAAGGGAUAUCCGAAGACGUCAAGGAUCCCCCUUGUGGAUGUAGUAAUGAAGUGGGAGACCCAACAUAGACCUCACAUCGAACAACUGGAAACACGGGCUCUCAGACUCGCGAAAGGUGACCCCAUGCGCCUGUCGGAUCUUGAGAACCCCCAAGUUGUAGAGAGGCUAAAAGUUCACGAGUCCACUUGGAAUAAUGCCAAAAACGAAUGGGCCUUCACCAGUGAAGAAGAAAGCUUCAAGGAGAAGGGUUUACAGGCUUUUUCUCCUGAGGUCAUAUGCGCACCUUACGACAACCAAUUAGCGUCCGAAUGUGGGAUUGAUAAGUCCGCAUUCACCUUCCUCCUGCCUAAAGAUGGCAGCUCCUUAUUCGUCUGUUCCAUCGUCCCCGUGCGCGAGGGAGACUUUCUAGGCAUAUUUGCUGGUAAGAUUCGGCUUUCGGAAAACCGGAAGACCACCCACGGUAUCCGCGGUCCUAUCGACAAUCUGUGGUUAGACUACUCACAAGUCACUGGUACGUUGAACCAAAUGCUGGUCUCAGAACCUGGUGGUUCCGCAAACGUCCGCCUCCAGUGGGACGUAAUCCAAGAUGAUAUUGGGACCGAUAGUUGCACCUCAUGGAGAGUUUCUGUGAAAGCCACUAAGCCCAUAAUGCCGUUCGACCCUCUCGUUCGCGCGGCUGCUCAGCGGGAGCAGUACGUGCUGCAUUCAUCCUCUGAGAACGCAAAGAGGGGGUUUCUCGAAUUUUGCGAAGCUGACUAACAAUACAUUGAACCAUCCUUGUUGCUAUAUUUAAUCGAAGACUGGCUGUGUUAAGGGAAUGCGUG